AAUAAAGUCCCAGUUUAAACUUAGAAACAAACAUUAAUGUUAAACAGAGUUCUGAUAGUUGUUUGCAGAAACCUUCAGUUAUCUAGUCAUCCAAUAUAUGGAUAUGGAGUCGUUUUCCACAGAAGAACUUUAUCCAUCAUUGUUAAUCCUGACUCAGUGACAUAUUUAAUUAGUCAGACUUUUAACACAGAUUCCCUAACACAACAACAGGCUGCUCAGUAAAUAGAUAAUUCUACAGAAAUAACAUAUUUAGUAAUUGUAGGUCUGAUGGGAAGAACAAUCCCAAGAACAAAACUCAGAUAAGCCUAGACAGGAAUGCUGGAGCCUGCAGCUAGUUUCCUCUGCCACGUGGAGGAUUUUCCCCAAGCAGGAAGGAAAAGGAAGAGUCUAAAUAAGGGCAUGGGACAGAAUCAGGGGCUGGGAAUGCUCUGCGUCAGAAGUGGGAUAGACUGUUGACCUGUCUAUAAAAGCUGCUGACAAUGGAAGAGCUAAGACACUGAACCACUCUGAACAGACUGAACCAGAUCCAGAAUUAUGCUGUUACAGCCAGUCUGGAGCUUCCUGCUAGGACACUCGUCCCUCCUGCGCUCCCCCUUCUUCCCGGUCUUCUUCUCCCUGACUGUGUACCUGAUGUUCUGCCUGCCAUUCCUGCUGCUGGACCUGCUGUCCUCCAGGUGGAGCUUGGUGCGCAGGUACAAGUUACAACCUCAGAGCUCCAUCAACUGGAUCACGGUGCAAAGCUGCCUGGCUCUGACCCUCUAUAACCACCUGAUCUUCAUCUUCCCACUCACUGUGCUCAACUGGUACCUGCGACCAGUGCUGCUGCCCCAGGAGGCUCCACCCCUACCUCAAAUGGCAGCUCAGGUCCUGGUCUGCCUGCUCCUCUUUGACUUUCAAAGCUUCAUAUGGCACCUGCUCCACCACAAGGUGCCCUGGUUAUAUCGCACCUUUCACAAGCUGCACCACACCUACACCUCCACCUCGGCACUGACUGCAGAGUACUCCGAGGCCUGGGAGACACUGAGUUUGGGCCUGUUUGCUGCUGCCAACUCUUUGUUGCUGGGCUGCCAUCCCCUCACAGAGAUGCUCUUCUUCAUUGUGAACAUUUGGCUGUCGGUGGAGGACCACUGUGGUUAUGAUUUGCCCUGGGCCACACACCGUCUGAUCCCUUUUGGCCUCUAUGGCGGUGCUCGCCACCAUGACCUCCACCACCUCAAGUCGAAAUGCAACUAUGCACCUUACUUCACACAUUGGGACCGUUUGGCCGGGACGCUGUGCACAUAGGACUGAGCUAUGGGGACGAAGUGUUCCUGAAUGCACCUCAGCUUAGACUGCCUCAAGAUGUCCAGAUGCAGACAUUCAUGGAGUGAUAAAGACUGUAGACUGAUGGGCCAGUACAGAAGUUCUCUUUUUUUACCUGCAAUACUUAUAUUUAUUGAUGUAUUUAUUACCAGUCAAAGCUUUGAGCCGGAUUUAAAGCUUCCAGUAGUGUGUGGAAAUUCUGUCAGUCUUCAUGUGGAGCUGCUUCAGGACCCACAACCAGACUGAAGUUGUGAUCUAGGUUCUGUUCCUUUAAAGACUUUUGUUUUAGUUUAAAGUUGAUCUUAAAAUAGUCAGAAAAUGUAUAUGUUGAAUAGUUUAACCUGCACAGUUUGUAUAGUUCUAUACACACCUCUUAGUCCCUAGAGGGAAGUGAAAGGAAUAUGAACAGAGAUCAAGAAUAAGUUGAGAGGGAAGCUGCAGGGCAGGAGGAGGAAGGAGAUGACAAAACAUGAGAAAUUAAGCGGAGGAGGAUGAGGAAUGAUGAGGAAUAUUAUGUAAGAAUUUAUUGGAAGGAAAUAGUGUUUGAAGGAAAUUGUGAAAUCUACUGUGAAAAAUGUAAAAGAAAUAAUGCACUGAGAAAAGAAAUCAAAUAAAUGUUCCUGUUGUAAACUG